UCUCUACUUGUCUCUCAUUCAGGUCCGUUUCAGAAUGCUUCCCAAAAGGAGCUCGGUCUACAGCCUUCUUUCAUUCUCUUUGGUGUUCAGCUGUCUGGCUGGUAUGUCAAAAGCCCUCUCUCUCAAAGUGCAUGAGAACCCAGCCGUGGGCUAUGUCCAUCGGUCAGUCAUGUUGCCCGUGUCCUACACGAUAGCAAAGUCCUACAAGUUCUUACAGAUCACCUGGUCGUUCAAUAGUGAGCUCCUUCUUAAAUAUGUCCGACCCUGUCUUCCCACCUCUGAUAAGGCCUGCAAACCUCAGCAGUUUAUAGCGCCAGCAUACAGGGGCAGAGUAAGCCUCUUCCCACAGAACGCGUCCCUACAGAUAGAAGGUCUGCGGCCCACUGACUCUGGGAACUACAGCCUGAGAGUGUCCUUGUCCGACAGGGAACAGAGAGCUGUUGUCUGCCUCCUCGUCGCAGGCCCAAGGAGUAAGGACACUGGUGAGGAGCUGACCAGCCAGAGAUCCCUCACGUCCGCAGAAGAGCAAAGCACAAACCGAGAAAGGGACAAGAGGAGGAUGGAGUUGAUUAAUGUCAUCCGCCUGGUGCUGUCUGUGCUGAUACCAUUGUUUUGCUACUUCCUUCUCAGAUGGUUGUCGAAGUCUUCUUGUGGGUUGCAGGGAAGCCAGGACCUAUUGCAACAAGCAACAAGCUCAAGGCAGGAUACACAGUGGACCGCACGCCAGGCUAUCACAGGGGACACACUGACAAAAACGUGCACAUACUCGCAAUAGGGCAAUAGGGUCAGGAUGUACAGGGAAGUCCUCAAGAUCUAGCACUCAGAUGACCCAAACAAUGUUCCUGAACUCGAGCUGGGGGCUGCAGAGAGCCCUCCAGGUCAUGGAGCAAUACUCCAGGGCCUUGCCAGAAGGUCUCGAGCUCUGCAGGAAGCCCCUCAGAUAUUGGGGAUUUCGUUGCAGACAACAAGACCAUAAAGUGGACCAAGAGAUCAUCAAGGAGGUAUAAGGCCACAGGAUGGCUGGACUCUACACCAACCACAGGGUCCUGUACCAGAUCUCAACUAGGCAGCCACGUACCAGAGGCUGUUGACUAAAGAGGUCCUCUAUAGACACUUGAUCACCAGGAACCCACUUUGCCCCUGGGACACAUGUUUUGUCGAGGAGAUGCAGGAGCCCACAUUCUGGAGCUGUCCCUUGGCCAAAGUGGUGUGGGGCAGAAUGGACAAAACUUUAACUCCUGGGAGUGGGACUGGUGCUAAGCUACUAGUGCAUCCUCCUGGGGCUGGCACUGACAGGAUUGGACAAAAGGACACAGUACUUGCUUUGGCAGCCGAUGUCCUCAAUAAAACAAAGACUGUGAAAUGCAUCCAGCACAACAGAGUAAGGAGGGAGGGAGCUGGAGGAGAGGAUCCUUAUGAAGGAGCACUAGAAGGGACUUUGAGCUCCUGCGGAGGACUGGAAGACUUCAGUUUCAGAACCAGGACAGGAAAAAGACAUGGACAAUAGCAAGUGGUGGGACUUUGAGGAAAUCUUCUAUUGUGCAAGUCUAGCCACAGCAACCAAUUGUGCAGGUUAACAAAAGACAAUCGCCCGAUUUAGAAUGUUUCUUUAACUGAGUAGAGUUUCAUGGUUUGUUAGAGUGUGUACUUAUUGUAAGAUGUCCUUUCAGCACGGAAUAAACCUUUACCUGUUCCUUUGCAGCCUACGCAUGCUGACACAGCUAGCUACGUGAACAAAAUCUGUUCUUUCUGUGCCCCCUGUUCUCACUGUAAUCAAUAAUCCUGAGCAUCUUCUCCCACACCUUGUACUUCAGAGAGCCCAGGUGCUUGGCUUGAUCUAUCAGAGCCCCUGAAACCAUCUCUUGCUCCUGCAGGGUACACUUGGCUCUGCAAUCGAAUUCAAGAGUCAGUGUUGCAGCAGCUGUGCACUGGAUAUGAUACAAGGACAAGAGUCUGUGGUAAUUACUGUACACAAUGUUCCUGUGUAUUCUUGUAGUGCUGAAAAGCAAAAGGAUUUGAAUUAAUGUUGAAUUUAUCAUCAUAUAUAAGAAAGCUUCAUUUAUUUCCAGGAGUUCUCAAGGAACUGCCUAGGGGGUCCACAGUUUAGUAAGGCUUCUACUCGCUACUUAAAAAUGUAGUAGUAGUAGUAGUAGUAGUAAUAAUACUGUCAGAUGGUGGAACACCUCAGGCAGUGCUUACUGUGGAUGCUUCCGAUAUCUGUUGUACAGUAAGCUCUCAAUUUUAAUGGACUUCACUUUUACAGACUACAGAGGAACAUGAUAUAUUACAACACCUUCUUCCUUGAACUAAUUGCUACUUGUUAUUUUGUCAGUGUAAGAGGAGUCCGUCACAGUGAUGUCACUCCUUCACGAGAACAUUCCUCACUGCAGGCAGUGCUGCUGUGGGUAUUGGGCACUAGGAGGCCAGAAAAUGUCAGUCCAGUCUGGAUCCUAGCCUACAUUCCCAACACAGUGUAUGAUUACCUCAUCCUACAAAGAGCACAAAAAGUAGUCUCACUAUCAUCACUUUAUAGUAUAUACUGGAGUAUUUAUAGUAUACUUGUGUUUAAAGUUGUGAAACAGGGUUUCUGUAUAACUUUACCUAAUUACUUGGAAAAAUAAAAAAUAACAUUUAUUA